UGCCACCCCACCCCCACACUUCUUCAGCCAAGUCCUGAUGGUGCUGUGUGACGUCUAAGCCCGUCCUUCCCGCCCAGGGCUACCAUUGGCCGGGUGGCGACAUGCUGACCAAUCAAAGCUCAGGGACGUGGUCGCGGCAUUGUCCUGGGAUCCCGGGAGGGGCACGUACACGUAGAGCAGGCAGCCUGACGUUGACGUUGGAGACGUUGAGUUGAGCAAGAUGGCGCCAAAGAAGAGAGCCUCGGGAGCGCCGGCCAAGGCCAGGGAGACGCGGAAGAGGAAGUCUUCCCCUGAGGCGAAACCCAGUAACCCAAAGAAAAUGCCCAAGGAGGGCAAGAGAGGAAAAGCAGGUCCUGGAGGGAGAGGCAGGAAGAAACUUGCCGCUGGGAAAAAGAUGGCAGCCGUGGGAGCCCCUGAGGCAGGGAGCGGGCCAGCAACACCCGGGCCCAGCCAGCCGCUGAGCCCGGAGCUUCCUCCGUGCCAAGUGCCUGUGAAGGAGAAGCCAGUGGGCGAGCCCGACCCACUGAGCCAGGAGACCCAGCUGGAGGAGCCACUGAGUGACGUGAUGACCUUUGAGUUGAGCAAGAUGGCGCCAAAGAAGAGAGCCUCGGUAUUGCCGGCCAAGGCCGGGGAGACGCGAAAGAGGAAGUCCUCUUCUGAGGCGAGUCCCAGUACCCCGAAGAAGACGCCCAAGGUGGGCAAGAGAGGAAAAGUAGGUCCUGGAGGGAGAGGCGGGAAGAAACGUGCCGCUGGGAAAAAGAUGGCAGCCGUGGGAGCCCCUGAGGCAGGGAGCGGGCCAGCAACACCCGGGCCCAGCCAGCCGCUGAGCCAGGAGCUUCCUCCGUGCCAAGUGCCUGUGAAGGAGAAGCCAGUGGGCGAGCCCGACCCACUGAGCCAGGAGACCCAGCUGGAGGAUCCACUGAGCCAGGAGACCCAGCUGGAGGAGCCACUGAGUGACGUGAUGACCUUUGAGUUGAGCAAGAUGGCACCAAAGAAGAGAGCCUCGGGACCGCCGGCCAAGGCCGGGGAGACGCGAAAGAGGAAGUCCUCUUCUGAGGCGAGUCCCAGUACCCCGAAGAAGAGCCCCACUGUGAUCUCCCUGUUGCCCUUCCAGAUGCCCAAGGAGGGCAAGAGAGGAAAAGCAGGUCCUGGAGGGAGAGGCGGGAAGAAACUUGCCGCUGGGAAAAAGAUGGCAGCCGUGGGAGCCCCUGAGGCAGGGAGCGGGCCAGCAACACCUGGGCCCAGCCAGCCGCUGAGCCAGGAGCUUCCUCCAUGCCAAGUGCCUGUGAAGGAGAAGCCAGUGGGCGAGCCCGACCCACUGAGCCAGGAGACCCAGCUGGAGGAGCCACUGAGUGACGUGAUGACCGUCUCCACCUCAUCGGAGCCACUGAGUGACGUGAUGACCUUUGAGUUGAGCAAGAUGGCACCAAAGAAGAGAGCCUCGGGACCGCCGGCCAAGGCCGGGGAGACGCGAAAGAGGAAGUCCUCUUCUGAGGCGAGUCCCAGUACCCUGAAGAAGAUGCCCAAGGAGGGCAAGAGAGGAAAAGCAGGUCCUGGAGGGAGAGGCGGGAAGAAACUUGCCGCUGGGAAAAAGAUGGCAGCCGUGGGAGCCCCUGAGGCAGGGAGCGGGCCAGCAACACCCGGGCCCAGCCAGCCGCUGAACCAGAAGCUUCCUCCAUGCCAAGUGCCUGUGAAGGAGAAGCCAGUGGGCGAGCCCGACCCACUGAGCCAGGAGACCCAGCUGGAGGAGCCACUGAGUGACGUGAUGACCGUCUCCACCUCAUCGGAGCCACUGAGUGACGUGAUGACCUUUGAGUUGAGCAAGAUGGCACCAAAGAAGAGAGCCUCGGGACCGCCGGCCAAGGCCGGGGAGAUGCGAAAGAGGAAGUCCUCUUCUGAGGCGAGUCCCAGUACCCCGAAGAAGAUGCCCAAGGAGGGCAAGAGAGGAAAAGCAGGUCCUGGAGGGAGAGGCGGGAAGAAACUUGCCGCUGGGAAAAAGAUGGCAGCCGUGGGAGCCCCUGAGGCAGGGAGCGGGCCAGCAACACCCGGGCCCAGCCAGCCGCUGAACCAGAAGCUUCCUCCAUGCCAAGUGCCUGUGAAGGAGAAGCCAGUGGGCGAACCCGACCCACUGAGCCAGGAGACCCAGCUGGAGGAGCCACUGAGUGACGUGAUGACUGUCUCCACCUCAUCGGAGCCACUGAGUGACGUGAUGACCUUUGAGUUGAGCAAGAUGGCACCAAAGAAGAGAGCCUCGGGACCGCCGGCCAAGGCUGGGGAGACGCGAAAGAGGAAGUCCUCUUCUGAGGCGAGUCCCAGUACCCCGAAGAAGAUGCCCAAGGAGGGCAAGAGAGGAAAAGCAGGUCCUGGAGGGAGAGGCGGGAAGAAACUUGCCGCUGGGAAAAAGAUGGCAGCCGUGGGAGUCCCUGAGGCAGGGAGCGGGCCAGCAACACCCGGGCCCAGCCAGCUGCUGAACCAGGAGCUUCCUCCAUGCCAAGUGCCUGUGAAGGAGAAGCCAGUGGGCGAGCCCGACCCACUGAGCCAGGAGACCCAGCUGGAGGAGCCACUGAGUGACGUGAUGACUGUCUCCACCUCAUCGGAGCCACUGAGUGACGUGAUGACCUUUGAGUUGAGCAAGAUGGCACCAAAGAAGAGAGCCUCGGGACCGCCAGCCAAGGCCGGGGAGACGCGAAAGAGGAAGUCCUCUUCUGAGGCGAGUCCCAGUACCCCGAAGAAGAUUCCUGCCCUGUCCUCACCUGGCACAACCCCCAGCCCGGCCCUCACCGCUUCUCAGGAAACGUCCCUGUUCCCAGCCUCCUCCAUCCUCUCCCCUGACCCGGACAGAGCCCCACUGUGA